UGCAAUAUCACUUACUAAGCUGUGCAACUUCCUAGAACUUGCUCCAAAUUAAGCUUAGCAGCUGGAGAGGAUGCAGAUUUUUUAUUGCUGUCUUUGUCUCCCCCUUCAAACUUAAUACCGAAACAUGGAUACAAAAGUACUCUCCUCCGGAGUCAUAUACACCAACUUGCCGGAAAGCUAUGUCAGACCAGAAUCCGACCGGCCUCGCUUGUCCGAAGUCUCUGAAUGCGAAAACAUUCCCGUUAUUGACCUGGCUUCUCCCAACAGAGCCCAAACCGUGCAGCAAGUUGGCGAUGCCUGCAAAUAUUAUGGUUUUUUUCAGGUUAUUAACCAUGGGGUGUCAACGGAAGGAGUGGAAAAAAUGGUAGGGGUGGCCAAUGAGUUUUUUAACCUUCCUGUGGAGGAAAAAUUGAAGCUGUACUCAGAUGACCCCUCAAAAACCAUGAGACUUUCAACAAGUUUUAAUGUAAAGAAGGAGAAGGUUCAUAACUGGAGAGAUUAUCUUCGCCUCCAUUGCUAUCCUUUGGACAAGUACGUUCCUGAGUGGCCCUCCAAUCCUUCGUCCUUCAGGGACACUGUGGGUAAUUACUGUAGAGAGGUUCGAGAACUCGGAUACAGAUUAGAGGAAUUAGUAUCAGAAAGUUUAGGGCUGGAGAAAGAUUACAUAAGGAGCACAUUGGGCGAGCAAGGACAGCACAUGGCGGUCAACUUUUACCCGCCAUGUCCGCAGCCCGAGCUGACUUACGGGCUGCCGGCCCACACCGACCCAAAUGCCCUAACAAUUCUGCUCCAAGACCUUGGAGUUGCUGGCCUUCAAGUUCUCAAAGAUGGCAAAUGGGUUGCUGUCAAUCCCCAACCUAAUGCCUUUGUCAUUAACAUUGGUGACCAAUUACAGGCUCUAAGUAAUGGGAUUUACAAGAGUGUGUGGCAUCGGGCCAUUACCAAUACUGAAAGACCAAGGCUCUCAGUAGCUUCAUUCUUCUGCCCACAAGACGAUGCUCUAAUAAGCCCAGCAAAAGCUCUCACAGAGGAUGGAUCUGCAGCCAUAUAUAGGGGAUACACCUACACUGAGUAUUAUAAGAAGUUUUGGACUCGGGACUUGGAGAAAGACCAUUGUUUGGACCUUUUCAGGACUCAGCAGCUGCCCUAGCCUCAUCAAAUGAGAGAUUUUUCAAUGUGACUAUCACACGAGGUGGUACACCAUGUGUCUCUAUAUAAAUGGUGAAUUAUGUGUGUUAAAAGGUUAAUAACUUAAAAAAUAAAAUUUAUAUCAUUUGCAUAAAAACACAUGGUGUACCAUCCGUAUUCCCGUCACAACUAAAAAUUUCUCUCAUCAAACAUAUAUGCGUUUGUUUAUUCAAAGACGCACAAAACUCGUAAUAUAUUUGUUGCUUAUCAAAUUAUGGCUUCUCAUGGCAGGUUGGAAUGCUUCUGUAAUUUUGUUGAUUUAAUUUCUUGAUCAUAGUAUCAGUUUGAAUGAACAUCGUGAAAAAUAAUUUCCCAGCUUCGUCAUGAAUAAUAAUGUCCGUCAUUUUAUUA